UGCACUGCUCCUCUGGUUGAGUAGCUAACGUAGCUACAUCUCACAAAGCUUUGCAGUUCUGAAUCGCGCUACUAGGCUAAAAGCUUUACCAAAGUAGCCCCCACACUGACACACAUAUCCAAUCUCGGGCUGACGGUGAAACAGAGAACCAACCAUUCCGUAACUAUGGAUAACCGUUCACGGGCAUCAUAUAACGGUAAUUCUUGACGUGUCCCUACAACAGCUAUUCGGGAUGAUUCGACUCUGACUGGUUACUAUACAUUUCCACAAACAAGGAUAUUUACCAACAUCGGUUUCCAUCGUCUCAGUAUUGAUGAAGGGGAAUCAGCAGUCAGUGGCCCCAUCAUUUCCAUUUGUAUUUAAAGCAUAAAUCGUGUUACUUUGGCACUGCUAAUAUCACUCUGGAGCCUGGCAUUUCCAUGUUAAGAGAGUUUGAGUCAUCAUCAUGCACAGAUGGCCCAACAAAUCAUUUUUGAAUUGGGACCCAUUUAGUUGUUUUGCAGCCAGCGUAGGCAAGUGUUUGGGUUUAUCAUCCAAAAUCCCCAUGGCAAGGCAAAGUCACUGACAUCCUGUGAGUUGAUAGGAUUAAGAUCAUACAGGAUUUGCACGCGGAGGGAAGUAGGAACACCUGUUUUAGCUAGCGCUCUGAAAUCCAGGCCACUGCGCUCAGCUUGGUUGUUUUGCUUUUUGGUAUACAUUUACUUAUCAUCAUCCGUCUGUGACUCUCUCUCUCCCAAAAACGUGCAUUCAGCCUGUUACUGAGUGCUGACAAGCGUUAUUCUGUUGCCUGGAAAGCGGAAUUACAUUUUAUUUUUUGCCAUGCCACGUUAAACUGAGAUUAUCUCUCCGGCUUCAGAAAAGGACCCUAGGACAUAAUUUAAACAUCAUGCGAACGUGACCAACGGAACUCAUCCUCUUUUUUUAGUUUUUUGCCACUGUUGGUAUGCUUCGGCUUUGUCACAGAGAGCAUCGCAGUGACAUUUGUCACAUUCAAAGUCCUGAAGUGCUGUAAGCCAAGCAAAAAAGGCUAUCUAAAGAGCUGCUGGUACCUGUAGCCAAGUCCCUCUCUCAUUCAUUCCUGUUUCUCUGCAGCUCUGUGCUUACUGUUAUGGCUUUGCCCUGGUGGCCAACUGAGUGAAAUGGGACUCUGGCUGUGCUGAAUGAUUAGACGCAGCCCUGGGAGUUGGACUGGACCAAAGGAUCGCGCACACACACAUACGCACACAGACACACACCAGACACGCGGAGACAGUAGGUUCCCUGUUUGAGCCCCUGCUGUUUAGAGCUUGUUUUUGUGUGUGUGUGUGUGUGUGGGGGGGGGUUCUCCUCUGCAAUCUCAAAGGUUUGGAGGAUGGUUGAGCACAAGGGCCACUUUGAAGGAGCCCGGCGGUGGCUGAGGUUUGGCGGGAGCUGACAGACUGUUUGCCAGCUACUGCUGAUUAAGUACCCUGUGUCCCUCACUGCCUCUAAACCCCUACAUCCCCCUCCUCUGCCAACCGUUCCGCCCCUGACUGCUCUGGUGAAUGGAGGUCUAGAGGAGCACAGGCAAGGUUGGAAGGGUACCGUUGCUGACGCUUUUCCAGUCGGGCACUUUUUGCGCUCCAUGGACUGCGUUCCACUCUGUCCUCAUUAAGGACCCUUUCCCUCUGUCUUGGGAGUAAAUACUACAAGUCAAGGUUGUUUUUUCUCUCCUAAAAAAGCUUUUCUACGGGCUGAAGGAUGAAGCUGAAGAAGCAGGUGACGAUGUGUGGAGGAGCCAUAUUCUGUGUGGCCGUAUUUUCCCUGUACCUGAUGUUGGACAGGGUCCAACACGACCCUGCAAGGCGACAGAACGGCGGUGGGAACUUCCCAAGGAGCCAGAUCUCUGUUCUGCAGAACCGCAUAGAACAGCUGGAGCAGCUACUGGAGGAGAACCACCAGAUCAUCAGCCACAUUAAGGACUCUGUUCUGGAGCUGACCGACACCGGCGCUGUGUCCCCCAGUGGACAGCUGCCCUUCCGCAGUGCCAAUGGCUCCUGGAUCCUGCCCUUCGACGGACGCCCCACCUUCCUCUCCGUCAAGCCCCAGGACUGCCAGUUUGCCCAGGGCCGCCGCGGACAGACCGACCUGCAGAUGCUGGACAUAUACUCCCUGUUGAAGUUUGACAAUGUGGAUGGGGGUGUGUGGAAGCAGGGCUUUGAGAUCCUCUAUGAGCCUGGGGAGUGGGAUAAUGAACCGCUGCAGGUGUUUGUGGUCCCUCAUUCCCACAACGACCCAGGCUGGAUCAAGACAUUUGAUAAGUACUACACAGAUCAGACGCAGCACAUCUUCAACAACAUGCUGGUCAAGCUGACUGAGGACCCACGCAGGAAGUUCAUCUGGUCUGAGAUCUCCUUCUUCGCCAAGUGGUGGGAGAGCGCCGACAUGCACAAGCAGGAAGCCAUGCGCAAGCUAAUCCUGGGAGGGCAGCUGGAGAUGGUGACCGGAGGCUGGGUGAUGACUGAUGAGGCCAACGUUCACUACUUUGCCAUGAUUGACCAGCUCAUAGAGGGCCAUCAGUGGCUGGAGAAGAACGUGGGUGUGACCCCACGGUCAGGCUGGGCGGUGGACCCCUUUGGCCACAGUGCCACCAUGUCCUACUUGCUGAAGAGGGCCAACCUGACCAGCAUGCUCAUCCAGAGGGUCCACUACUCCAUCAAGAAGCACUUCGCCUCCAGCCGCAGCCUGGAGUUCAUGUGGAGGCAGUCCUGGGACCAAGAGUCGGGCACAGACAUCUUCUGCCACAUGAUGCCCUUCUACAGUUAUGACGUGCCACACACCUGCGGGCCCGACCCCAAGAUCUGCUGCCAGUUUGACUUCAAGAGGCUGCCGGGCGGCCGGGUCAACUGUCCCUGGAAGGUUCCUCCACGGGCCGUGGUGGAGGCCAACGUGGCAGAAAGGGCCCACCUGCUCUUGGACCAGUACCGUAAGAAGUCCAAGCUGUUCCGCAGUAAGGUGGUUCUGAUUCCGCUGGGAGAUGACUUCCGCUACGAUAAGGCCCUGGAGUGGGACCAGCAGUACCUCAAUUACCAGAGACUCUUUGACUACAUGAACUCUCACCCUGAGAUGCACGUGCAGGCCCAGUUUGGGACCCUGACCGAAUACUUCACUGCGGUUUACAAGGCCAACGGUGUGCCCCAGGGUGCCAGACCCCCAGAAUACCCGGUGCUGAGCGGGGACUUCUUUGCGUACGCAGACCGCGAGGACCACUACUGGAGCGGAUACUACACCUCCCGGCCUUUCUACAAGAGCAUGGACCGCGUGCUGGAGUCCCAUCUCAGGGGGGCAGAGAUCCUGUUCAGUUUGGCUGUGGCCCACGCUCGCCACGUGGGAAUGGAGGGCCGCUACCCCACGUCAGACUACACACUGCUGACGGACGCUAGGCGCACCGUCGCCCUGUUCCAGCAUCACGAUGCCAUCACAGGCACCGCCAAGGAGAACGUGGUCAUCGACUACGGCAACAGGUUACUGCGCUCCCUGCAUGGCCUGAAGAGAGUAAUCAUUAAUGCAGCCCACUUCCUGGUAAUGAAGAACAAGGACAUGUAUCGCUUCUACCAGACAGAACCCUUCCUAGAGACGGAUGAUAUGCGUGCCACCCAAGACUCCCUGCCCCAGCGCACCCUUAUCGAGCUGGACCAGUCAGGACCUAGGUACCUGGUGCUGUUCAACCCAGUGGAGCAGGACAGGCUGUGUGUGGUGACAGUGUUGGUGAACUCUGCCAGGGUCCGGGUGCUCACAGAGGACGGACAGUCCCUCCCCGUACAGCUCAGUGCCCAGUGGAGCUCUGCUAGCCAGAUGAGCGCAGAGGGCUUCCAGGCCUCCUUCAUGGUGCGUCUGCCUGCCCUGGGCCUGGCUGUGUUCCACCUGUAUGACUCUGCUGACACCCCCAUGACGCUGCGCUCUGAGACCCUGCUGAGGCUGUCUGGUCAGGGGCAGACUGCCCACGCCGUGGACCCCCUCCCAUUGCGCUCCCAGACAGCAGACUCACAGCCCUUCUACAUCUCCACCCAGUCCCUCACACUGGGCUUCUCUGGAACCACCGGCCUGCUGAAGAGUAUCCAUCGAAAAGAUGACCCCCAGGAGGUCAAGGUUCAGAUCCAGUUUGUGACGUACGGUACUCGGUCGUCAAAGGACAAGAGCGGGGCUUACCUCUUCCUGCCUGAUGGGAAGGCUAAGCCCUACAGUCAGAAGGAGCCUCUGGUGGUGCGUGUGGUGGAGGGCCCUCUCUUCUCUGAGGUAGUUGCUCUGUACCAGCACUUCCAACAGACCAUUUGCAUACACAAUGUGCCAGGUGUGGAUGGUCUGUCCCUGGAUGUCACCACCAUGGUGGACAUCAGAGACCAGUCUAACAAAGAGCUGGCCAUGCGGCUGGUCACGGAUAUCCAGAAUGACGACACCUUCUACACAGACCUCAACGGAUUCCAGAUGCAGCCCCGGCGCCACUUCCUGAAGCUCCCCCUGCAAGCCAACUUCUACCCCAUGCCCAGCCAGGCCUACAUCCAGGACAGCCAGCUCCGCCUCACCCUGCACUCUGCCCAGGCCCUGGGCGUCACCAGCCUAGAGAACGGCCAGUUGGAGGUGAUUUUGGACCGGCGGCUGAUGCAGGAUGAUAACCGUGGCCUGGGCCAGGGCCUGAAGGACAACAAGAAGACGGCCAACCGCUUCCGCCUCCUACUGGAGAGGAGGUCCACUGGUAACAAGCAUGAUGGCUUCUUUGCCAAACUCUCUGCCAUGUUUCACUCUCUCGUCUCCUUCGCCCUGAGAGGCGGGGCUCAAGAGGUGGUGGACAGCGGACCAACCAGCUUCCCCUCCCUACUCAGUCACAUGACCUCGGCCAUCCUCAACCACGAGGUGCUGGCGCUGCCCGUGCUGCCCAAGAAGCGUGGCAUCCCUCCCUUGCACACCUUUGCCCCCCUUACGGGGGCCCUGCCCUGUGACUUCCACGUGCUCAACCUGCGCAGCAUCCAGCACCAGCAGGACACCCACUCCCCAUCUCCCUACACGGCCCUCAUCCUGCAUCGGAAGGGUCUGGACUGUGGCCUGGAGACCCCCAACCCCGGAUUCAACUGUACCACUACCGAGGGACAGCUGGGUGUGUCUUCUCUGUUCCGUAACCUGGACCUCCAGCUGCUGCAGCCCGUGUCUCUGUCCCUGAUGUACUCCAGCCCCCCUCUGGCCAAUGACUCCUCCGUCAGCCUGGAGCCUAUGGAGAUCUCAGCCUUCAGACUCAAACUGCGCUAGCCAGGCCCAGAUAAACACCUCUACACCAGACCAGACCCACCCAGGCCAAGCCUGGUCCCACCUGGUCUUGCUCUGUUCAGUUCUAGUCUAUAGGAAGACUGCCUCCCAGUGCACAGAGGGGUGGCCAAGCUGGGGCUUCCUGGUCCAACCUGUGUAUACAACACACUACACUACAACACUCUACACUACACUACACCACUCUACACUACACUACACCACUCUACACCACACUACACCACUCUACACUAUACCACUCUACACUACACUACACCACAUACACCCUGAACUGUAAAGUCAGCUUGGAAGAACAGGUGUCCACCAUGACUAGACUCGACCUGCAGGGGGCAGAUGGCUGUCACAGACACACAGUGGCUGUCUCCAAUCUAUCUCAGAGAACCAGAAACCUUUGGUGAUUUAGUUUUUGUGCUUGUGAUAAUAAAGGUGAUGUCUUUAUCACAGAACAGAUACUGGUGGUCUUCUGCCUUUGCAUUGCAGUAGUAAUGUAAAGUUAGUGGAAACAUAAUUUUCUUUCAGUUUUUAAAGGAACUUUAUUUGUUUUGUUUUCUUUAAAAAAUUAAUCUAAUCCUGGACUAACUACUGAAUGUAAAUAUCACAAGGAUAAGGACCUGGGAAUGACAUGGCGACCUAGUGCAAUUUGUAAAGCUUUAUUUUUGCCGCAUUCACGUGCUAGUCAGAACUAGGAAACUGGUUGUAGUUAUACACGUGCCGCUUUCAACCAGUUAGCAAGUCAAACAUUUUCGACUUGUUCCGACUAGCACGUGAACGCGGCAUUAGUUUGGACCGUUUUUUUUCUUCUACUAUGGAGCCCAUCCACCCGCUGCAGACUAGAGAACUGUUAACUCCAUUACGAGCUCAUCACUGCUCAUUGUUUUUAUUGACUGUAUUGACCGACUGAAUGCAGCUGUGUACUACCAGUGUGAAUGUGUGCGCUCUCUAUCUCUCUCUCUUUCUGCAGUAGAGGAGCCGAGGCUAUGGCUCUGUAAGAUACUGUAUGUCAGGCAGUCAGUCACUCUGUACUCACUCUCGAUAGAAAUCCCAAUCCCCACGCUAUGUUUUUGUUUUUAGUCAUCAUUAUCUCCCUGUUGCAUGACUGUAGGCCUGCUAUCCUUUCAACCCCCCUUUGCUCGUAGAUGGUCUGAAGACUUUCAAACUAUUGUUACGUGAGCCUGUCAAAGCUAUCAUGUCCCGAUGAGUUGGCUGUGGAGGACCUGUGAUGGAAUUGAGUUAUGUUUGUAUUUAAAUGCUCCUAAAUCCAUUCCUGUUCUUUGUGUGUGUACGCCAAUCGAUGGACGAAUGGUGGUGUGUACUAUACUGUAUGCAGUAGAAGAAACUACUAUGAUGACGAUACCUCAUAUUUAACAUAUGACACAUUGGUUUGUAUAGUAUAUUGAUGUGGAAACUUCUGUGAAGAUACAGUAUGCCAGAGGAGUACUGAGAUCCAGAGUGCAGUAUCAGGGACAAGGUGUCUGUUCAUAGAACUGUACUGCUAAUCAUCAUUAGUGAGUCUGUGUAGUGGUGGUGGAGCAUCCGGCUUUCAAAGCCAGGCAUGGAGAGCCCGUCUUUGCAGGCAGGAUCGUGGUUCAACCUUCCCUUCAUGAUGAUGUGGAGACAUGGUCCGUUGAACAAACAAACAGGGAUCCUUCAGGACUGACUUUGACAGCCAGUGUACUGGUGCAAAUUUUUUAUUUAUUUUUUUAAUCCGCUUUCAUCAUAAAACAUCUCUAUAGCCUUGACCCUGGUGGGGUUAAGAUACUCUGUCUAUGAUUCAUAUCUGCCUUUGGUGGUGGUGUGGAAGGCUAAACAUCAGUAGCUAACAUCAAUAAUGGCAGAUGCCCUGUUUAUAUCAGUCAUCUCUGCCAUUUCUCACUAUGUUUCUCCUCUACCUUCUCUUCUCUUCAUCCAUCCUACUAUCCAAAGCUAUAUUUCCUCUGUGCUUUUUAUAUUUUUUCACCCUGCUGUGUUCUGUUACACCUCCUUCACCACUUUCCGAAUGUUUUACACUCCUCCUCACUCAGAACACACUUACCUCCAGUCCAACAUUUCACUCAACAAUGCUCAGGCACUAGCCUGGCCCCAUACACCGGAUGUGCUGUAGCCAACUCCUCUAUUGAUGUCAUACCAUCUUUGGUAUGAGAACAAAGGAACAGAGAGGAGUUGGUUGUAAGUAUCAACAGACUGGACCACCAGACUACCAAUGUAGCCUGCAUCACUUUUCAUCAUCAGCACUUCCACGCUGUCUUUUCAGGUUGCAUUUUCCCUCUGGCUAUAUGUCAUGACACUACCACUGUACCUAGUACGGCACUCCCCCCUCUAUCUCCUAAUGUCUGUGUGUGUGUCUGAGUCCCUCUGUAGACUUGUCUUUUGUAUGUAAUAUUUGUUGUAGCACUUUUUUGUUAAGACAGAGUUUAUGAAGGACUUAUUUCUUCGUGGAUGUGUGUUAAAAAAAAAAGAUGCAUAGAAGAAAAAUGCAGACGCGGUGGAGUCAGAAUAAAGAUGAAAUAUGAAACUU